GUCCCCCCUAAUAUCUCGGCCUGUGGCUAGCAUUCCCAAGUCCUCGUGUGACUAAACCUUGCUCCGAAAACAACAGCUCUGCGUCAUAAAGAGGCUCGAAUUUCCUCUGCCUCUGCCUCAGUCACACGGUCGCCAACCUCGACAGUCGAACUUGACUGCCGCACGCUCGCUUCAUCCAGCAGGCCCAACUUCCAGCGAGCCCCUUGGCUUCCCGCUUCGCCGUCCUUUGUUGCUACACCGCACACGCCGCUUGCCCAGGAUGGCUUCCAAAGCCAUGUGGGAGGUCGACCCGGAGACGAGGUCCAAGCUUCUCGCGAUCCAAAAGACCAACAACAACAACAACUGCUGCGACUGCGGCGCGCCGAACCCGCAAUGGGCAUCGCCCAAGUUCGGCGUCUUCAUCUGCCUCUCGUGCGCCGGCGUCCACCGCGGGCUGGGCGUCCACAUCUCCUUUGUGCGAUCUGUCACCAUGGACGCCUUCAAGCAGUCCGAGAUUGAGCGGAUGCGGCUGGGCGGCAACGAGGGCUGGCGCGCCUUCUUCGAGGCCCACGAGGACACCAAGAUGCGCGGGCUCAGCUGGGACGACGCAACCAUUGCGGAGCGGUACAGCGGCGAGGUUGGCGAGGAGUGGAAGGAGCGGCUGGGUUGCAAGGUCGAGGGCAAGGAAUACGUCCCCGGCGAGCGCAAGGCUGCGAGCAGCACGCCCCAGCCUGGCGCCGCGGGCAGGCCUCUGCCCGGGUCGAAGCCGCUCAGCCGGACGGGCACGCCUGCGCUUAGCGGCAGUGUCACGAGUGGCAGCCGCACAGGGAGCCCACACCCGCAGCAGCAGGGCGGCGGCAAAGCCAAGGUGGACGACAAGUACUUUGCGCGCCUGGGAGAGGAGAACGCCUCGAGGUCGGAGAGCCUGCCGCCGAGCCAGGGCGGCAAGUACGCCGGGUUCGGCAACACGCCGAUGCCCGCGCAGGGUAGUGGCGCGGGCGCGGGCGUGCCGAAUCUCGCGGAGCUCCAGAAGGAUCCCGUGGCGGCUUUGACUAAGGGCUUUGGGUGGUUCGCGUCCACGGUGACCAAGACGGCGCAGAACGUCAACAACGACUUUAUCCAGCCGACGGCUAAGCAGCUUUCCGAGACCGACUUUGCAGCACAGGCAAGAAUUGCGGCCGGCAACGUGAGCAAGGCUGCCCAGGCCGGCGCGCGAGGUGCCCAGGACCAGUUCAACCGCUUUGUCGAGGGCCCAGAUGGCUCAAGAUCACACCAGCCGUCAAAUAUGGAUGAUGGCAAGAAGGCGUUCUGGGACGACUUUUCUGCAGUGGCGGACCAGAGGCAGGCGACGAAGCACAGUUCGAUUGGCACUUCAGCGAUGGGCAAGGCGGCUGGCAAUAAGAAUGCACCCGCGGCGUCCAAGAAGGAUGACGAGUGGGAUGACUGGUGAGCUGUGUCUUUUGGGCUAUGGGUUUAAGAUGCGAAGAUGCCGGGAGGAUGUACAUGAUUGGGAGUAAAAAGACCGGCACGACAUGUGGAUUUUGCGUUGCAGUUGGAUAGCGAGUCGGUGGCGUUGCUCUGGUGAAUUGCUAGAAAGUACCCAUUACAUUGAAAUACACUGCAUAUUCAAUAGGACCAUUGAGCCGUCAACGUGAGAUGCCGACUUGCAGGCCCAAUGCGAUGCUGUUGAAUCCGGAGCCAAGAAGCUCUGUGGCCGCCGAUUGCAAUUGCUUAUCUCCACUGAGCAAUCUAUUUCGCAAGCCAUUCAGCGUACAUCUCGUAAUUUUGGGGAUGAAAAGACCCUGCAAGAUGAUC